AAUGAACAGAAUAAUUUGGGCAAAAUAGUAAAUAAACUCUUAGUGGUUUAACUUCUAGCUCCUACUAAUUUUUGUGACGUCACUGCUCAGAGCAGUAGUUGUUCUUUGCUAUAGUUGUGUACUGUUAUUAAAUGUAUCUGUACUGUGUAGAUUUUCAAACCACCACUUAAAGUGCUGUUAUGUAAGUCCAGAUGAACACUGUACAUUUCAGUAGGUAUGUACACAAUAGGUGUUAAUUCAACACUCUUACAGAAUAGUUCAUUACAGAUGUUAAUUCAACAAUGAAUUAUCUAACCUUGGGGUUUUCUAUCCUAGCAGAGCUGUUGCCCAAAAUGUAUUCAAGUAGAAUAUAUUCUUGGUUUUUAGAGGAUUAUAACUUUAUAAUAUGCCUUUGGGUGGGUGUGUCCAAAUUCCAAGCUUAGAUUCAUUUGAGGAAACAGAAACCAUAAGGGAGAAGUUGUUGCUUUUGUUGUUGUUGUUGUUGUUGUAAUACUUUUAAAUACUUUUAUUAAAUAUCAUAAAUGUGCCAUUAGCCAUGAUAGCCCAUUUAUACCAGCUGCCCUGACAAUGUGUUAUUUUAGUAUACAUUUAUACUCAUAUUACAUGUUUAUUAGACUUUUAUUUGUGUAGUUUUUCUCAUACCCAGGGACAUUUGAACCUUCACUUUAGUAAAGUCUUCAAGCAUCUAUAUAUCUGAGAAUGGAGGACAAGCAAAACCAUGAACAAAGUCUUGCAUCCACAGACAUUCCAGCAGGGGGUGACAAAGAAAGCAAUAAACCUCCUGAAGCUGGCCAAACUCAAGGAAAAGCUGUCAAGAAGAAAAAACGUGUGAGAAAUAAGCAACGUGCACAACAGGCAUCUUCUGACCAAAUCAUUACACAACAAAACACUUCUCAUCAGCCAUCUGGCAAAGAAAAACAGUGCUUAAAACCCCAGCACAUGCUGACUCAAACCUCCUGUGAACAGUCGACCCAGACAGAGACUCCUGAAAACACGUCCCAGGACCAGGCUACUCAAACUCUUUCACUCGAGCGCAUCCACACACAGCCUACCGAAUCAAAAUCAACCCAGACGAAGACUGGCAGGCUUUCAUAUAAACAGCUGUAUGAAGGCCAGGUAGGUGAAGGCCAGGACUGUGCUCCUGAUCAGAGCAGAAACCCGGAGCAGCUCACUGUGCUCACCUGGAACAUAGACGGCCUGGAUCCUGAAGAUGACAGAGAAAGGGUCCCGAGCUUGUUGUUGCAUUUAGGAAAGUACCGUGCAGAUGUGGUCCUACUGCAAGAGCUUGUCCCACCUUACCUGAAGAUUUUAAAAGAGAUUAUGACAGAUUAUGAGUUUUUGCAAGGCAGUGAUGAUGGCUAUUUUACUGGAAUACUGCUUAGAAGGUGCAGAACUGAAUUAGUUCAGAGCAACACUGUGAAUUAUCCCACUACAGAAAUGGGAAGGAAUCUGUUAAUGGCUGAGGUAAACUUCUCAGGCCAUCAGUUUUGUUUUAUGACCUCUCACUUGGAGAGCUUAAAGGCCAGCUCACAGGAGCGCCUGAACCAGCUGCGCAGAGUCUGGAAGAGGAUGAGGGAGGCACCAGACAGCCAGACGGUCAUAUUUGGCGGAGAUACCAACAUGAGAGACUGGGAGGUGAAGAAGUUAGGAGGUCUCCCUGAUGGUAUUACAGAUGUAUGGGAGAUGCUCGGAGAGCCCGAGGACUGCAAGUACACCUGGGACACUGUCAAUAAUAAUAACAAAGGGCUCCCUUUCCCUGCACGACUCCGUUUCGACCGCGUUUACAUGCGAGCAGCUAGAGAGGGCGCUCAGCUACGGCCAGACACCAUGAAACUGGUGGGCCUGAAGAGACUGACAUGUGGUCGUUUCACCAGUGAUCACUGGGGCAUUCUUUGCACGUUCUCUUUUGAGUCAUCGGCGGAAUAGUACUUAUAAAGUUCCUCUUGCAAUUUUGCUUUAUUUUACAGCAUAAAAGCUGGAAUCUGUUUUGAGGCCUUUCUUUGGUGUGCAAAUUCAGUACUGAAAUUAAACAACCUUUUCCCAUUGGAACUCAUUAGGUAUAAUUUGUCAUGAUCCAAUGAUUUGAUAUCACAGAAAUAAUUAUGAUGUGGAAAUUGAUGCAAUAUCAUAAUAAUCAUGUGAAACUAUUCUUUUUUUGCUGGUGCUCCACAUUAUUUUUCCACUGGAGGGCACUCUAUAGCAAUUCCUUUUGGUGUGCUCCUGCUUCUCCUUCUAUAAGCUGUUGUAUUUACAAGUCAGCAUUACCACUGCUUUUUUUUAGUAGUCCACACAAGCCAGGGAAUAGAAAAGAGCCAUUAUAAAGCAAAAUGACAGAUCAUAUAAUCAGCAAUAUUAUGCUGCUGCUUUACACAAAAUGUUGAGCUACACUUGACUGAAGUGAUGUGUAUUGUUAAGUGUACUGAAAUAGACAUAUUUGAUUCAUUUUCUCAAUUUAAUUUUAAGAAAUUGUGUUAUCCUUGCCCAGAAUCAGCAUUAGGUUUUUAUUGCCAUGCUUUGCAGCAAGGGAUUUGUUUUCUUUUAGUCAUCUUUGCAGGCAAAACUGGACAACCUUGUCUAAACAGAUGGAUGGGAAUAAUUCUUUGGUGGGGAGUUAGGAAACAGGGCCCUGUGUUUUCAUUUGGAAAAUUGAUUUGGACCUCAUCUUCUCUGCUGCGUAAUCCAAACAGAAUUGAAAUAUGCCGGUAAAGUCCACAGGAAAUCAGGAAUGAUGGCAGGUUGUCAGCAAGAAUAAUUAUUUGUCAUUGGAGUUUUGGGGAAAUGGGUUAGCAAAGAGAAAUGUGUUUGCACAUUCUGUAUCAGAGCUAAGUAGAUGGUCUGUGUCCAUCUCCAGUGGAUAGCACAGCUCACAUGAGUGUGGUUGCCUUUCUCUGUUCAUCUUUCGUAUUUCAUCAGAAAUGUUCACUCAGUGUAAUCAUAACUGAUUAUAAACAGAAAAUUCUAAAUUGUUUUAAUCUUAAGAUUGAACCUUCAUGUUUAAGAAUAAAUAAAUGAAAAUACAUGGAAAAAUAUGAUGGGGCAUUAAAACUAAACAGAUUCUUAAUGUUUAAUCUGUGUUAUUAAAUAUUGUUGGAUGAUAUGGGAUAGUACAGUAUGAUUUAUUUAAAGCCCCGCCUGCAUAUGUCAGUAGAUUUCUAUUACAUGGUCAAACAAGGUUCUUGUUUAUCUGCUUCAUUCAUUUUCCCUUUUUACAUAAUUGAGCUGGCACUGGAAUUGCAAUUGCACAAAAACAUUUGACUUCUGAAUUCAUUUGCCAGUUUGAGGCAUGUAUUUAGUGGGAUCAUGAGAAACUAUUGAGUCUUGGUCACAAUACACAUAUUAGUAUAGAGGAAAAAGACAAAAGCUUAUACUGUAUACGUUAUUGUGCAGGAUCUUGGCGUGUUACUCCACUAACUUGUUAGUUAAUAGCGUGAGCAUGUAGAAUGUUGAUUAAGUCAUUUAGCCAACAGGACUUGUAUACCAUCCUAACGUCCAACCUCUGCCCUUUCUGUAAUGAGACAAGCAUAAGCAUAACUAAGUGAUGAGUGCAUGCAUGCAGAAUGAACAUAAUGUAAAGUUACAUGCUAAUUAUGGCAUCAUUCAUUUACACCCAAAGGCACCGAUUUUAAUAGAAAAAAAGUCUGACAUUGAUGAAAAUGGUAAUUAUGGGAAAAAUGUGACAUUUAGUAAACCCCAAUUGCUUUACUGGGCACAACACCAGUCUUUAUCCACCUGUUUUUAUUUCCUUUUUACACAUUAUAUUCUUCCUUAACCCCCUGCUAUAACUCUGCCCCAUACCAACAAGUCCAAAAUAUGGCAUAAAGGCUAUCAUCAAAACAUUUAUGCAGGCUCAGGGAAACAGAGACUAAUAUCACCUGGAAAAAAGGGGUAUUGCUAUGGAAUUAGCAUUUCUAUUAUGGGAAAAGGAGCAUGUCUUGAAUAUAAGUCAAUCACUCAUUUCCAGCAAAUCUAAUAACCACAGAGUCAUGUUGAAGUAUGGCUUAUUACUUGCUUCCUCAGAUGCAGCUAACCAAUCUGUAUUUGACUCUCCUGAACAGCACAAUGAAAGUGUAGGACUUCACCUGGGACUUGCUGAGACUUUUCAGCAUUCUGAACAUUUUGAACCCUGCAAAGAAAUUUUAACCUUAAAGACUACUGAAAUUACAGCAUAAAUAUCGUCUACCACAGAAUGAAACACAUAGAAACUGUUUUUCGAUGAUGUUGUCAUGGGGAUUACCAGAUGUCAAGGCACUUCCUGGCCACCUGCGGCUGCUCAGAUUAGCAGCGACCGAUUCAUCGGAAGACUUCCUAUCCUGUCCACUGGCCAUAUUUCAAAUUUGAUCAACUGGAGUUGUCAAUAAGCCUAAGUGGAUAACACAGUGAAGAAAAGGCGACGAGAAAAGCAGACUGGUUGAGGGCAGAACAUUUCUUACAUUUAAUGACAGAUAUGUGUACCAUUUUGAAGAUGGUUCUGAAUCAUGCUUUUGCUGUUUGUUUUCAAUUAUGGCUAUUUGUCAAUGCUUCAUACUACAUCUUUGUCAAACCUUUCUUUAGAUGCUUCAGGGCAACAUGCUAAUUCAGCAACUGCAGGAAUUUCCAUACUGCUUUGUUGCAUAUCCACACCAGAUCAUUUAUCAUGCCUUUGCUUUGCAGAUAUGGAUUUGAAUGCUCAUAUUAACAUUUAGCAAUUAUUUAACCAUUAUUUUGAACUGGACUGCACAUAAAUAAUUUGCAAAUCAAGAAUUUGAUCACACCAUAUCAUCAUAUUUUGUAUUAACUUUAAACUUCAAUGCUAAUCAGCUCAUAGAGGACAUGCGAGCGUUUAAAAUACACUGAAUAAUCAUAGCUUACAGCUUUGUGUCAAGUGUAAGGUUUUGUUCGUGUUAUAACUGCACUGCACAGAUUUAAUA